UCGAGGAGGAAAGGUGUGCGCUUUAAUUUACAACUGUCAGGCCAACAGCCAUGUGCUACUGGAACCGUUAGAUACUGUGUUACCGACUCCCACUAACUGGAGAGCUUAUAUUGUUUAUAAAAAACUUGGCAAUAUUUUGAAUUUCACUCAAGAAAAUCACCAUGUUGCUGAGGCUACCCGGAUAUGGCAACAUGGAGGAAGGAUGGGAUGCAAGCAACCUAAAGGAGGAUGAGUUUGAGGAAUUCUGCGUCUACAUUGUCCACGAUCGUGCAUGUGAACGUGUCUGUCAGAAUCGAGCCCAGGCCUCCCUUCCCCGCAACCUCACUCUAAAACCAUCACAGAGCCAGUCCAAUAAUGCAUUAGGGGUGUGGAGCGUAGACUAUAUUCCGCGCGGGACACGAUUCGGACCUUUAGUCGGAGACGUUUACUCCAAGGAACCAUUUCUAAGAAAAGAAUCGGACAGAGUUUCUAUAUGGAAGAUCUUCAGUAACAACACGGUCUACCAGUACAUAGACAACAGUGAUGUAACUAAGAGUAGCUGGAUGCAUUACAUCAACUUUGCUUAUUCAUCUGUCCAACAGAACCUCAUUGCCUGUCAAAUUGACUUCAACAUCUACUUCUAUACUAUCAAGCCAAUUCCUCCGAACACAGAACUAAUGGUGUGGUACUGCCGUGAAUAUGCUGACCGCAUCAACUGUCCAGUCACAGGCGAGGAGAUGCUUCACUCAUGGAGAAGACAGAUGCUGGAACGACAUCUGCCAUUCCCCAAGAGCUUCCUCCCAAUCUGUCCACCAAACCCAGGUAGUUUGUUCAAGGAGGACACAAGUCCAUCUCGUCCCAAAACUCCACCCCACGAGGAGGAGCCCCUGAAGGAUGACAGCUGUGAAAGUGGGGACUGUAUCCGGGAGGAAGGCUACGCUAUCGACUACAGCCUCCACAAGCGGGAUGGCAGCCCCACAAGCGACGACCAAGAAGUGUAUAGUAGUGACAGAAACAAAUCUGGUCAUAGUGACAGGUUGUCUUUGUCUGCUGGGUCACUACCCUCACCACUCAAAGUUCCCAAACACGAGCCUCUAAAGGAGCCAAGUCACCCAUUGGAGCCCCUUUCUCUUCAAAUGCCGCCCAGCUCCAUGGACUUACACCUGGGAUCAAUCAAAAUGGCCCACAGCACGCCCAAGAAAAGUUCUGGAAUUAUUGAGAAUCUGCUUCUGAAGAAAAUGAAAGAAAAUGGUGAAGAGAUUACUGAUAAAAUUCUCAAAGGAAAUUCCCUGGACUUUGACUUUAAACCUCCUAUGGACAUCAAACCUCCGGUAUUACCUACCCUUCCUGCUCAUUCUAUCCAUCCAGCUCAUCCAAUUCAUCCGUCUCACCCUACACUUGCUCAUGAUCAAAAACCCAAGGCAGAAGAUCUGUCGAAGGAUCGGCCAUCACCAGACCAGCUCAGCCCAUUCAAUCCAUUCUUCUACUCCAAGUUCUUCCCUCCAAGUCCAAUAAUGGACAAGUCGCCAAUGUCUCCUUUCAUGAACAGACCAGAUGAACAAUAUUCAAAACUGGUGUCAGGGAACAUGAGCAAGUUGGGACCGAACUCCGGACCUCCAUUAUACUUCCCAACCCCAACUCUUCCGGGCAUGUAUCCAAUGAAUCCCAUGAAUCCCAUGAAUCCCAUGAAUCCUAUGAACCCCAUGUAUCCGUUUAAUCCCUACCAAAGUCUGGCUUGGCAAAUGUAUCCACCUCAAUUCCAUCCAAUGGGAAAUCAACAACAGGCGUCACCACCUUUCCCUCAUCCAACACAAGCACCGCCUCAUCCUGAUCAGGUCCUCAACCUCACAAAGCCCAAGUCGGACGGCUCAUCUGCCAGAGGUCAUAGGUCACUACCAUAUCCAUUGAGAAAACGGGACGGCAAGAUGCAUUAUGAAUGCAAUGUGUGUUAUAAGACAUUCGGACAGUUGUCAAACCUCAAAGUGCAUUUACGUACUCAUACAGGUGAGCGUCCAUUCGUGUGCCAGACAUGUGGCAAAGGGUUCACACAGCUGGCUCACCUACAGAAGCACCACCUAGUUCACACCGGAGAGAAACCACAUGAAUGCCAGGUCUGUGGCAAGCGGUUCAGCUCCACUAGCAACCUCAAAACACACAUGCGUCUCCACAGUGGAGAGAAGCCAUUUCACUGUAAACUCUGUCCGGCCAAAUUCACCCAGUUUGUGCACCUGAAGCUUCACAAAAGACUUCAUACAAAUGAACGACCUUAUGAGUGUCCGCAGUGUAAUAGGAAGUACAUAAGUGCCAGUGGACUGAAAACGCACUGGAAGACAGGAAAUUGUAUUCCUCCAGGUAUCAACCUCGAUUAUAAUGCUCUUCUUGAAAACACACAUCAAGGAGCGUUGGAUCAGGAUCGACAGGAGCUCAAUGGGGAAAGUAUGUCUCGUGAUAACAUGGAAUACCAUGACAAUGAACAACUGAGUAUGAGUGGUGAAAACAGUGAUGUAGACAUGCAGAAAGGCAUGCCUAGUGACAUGACAGGGGACAUGUACCGUCGUCUACACAGUGUCAGUAGCAGCAUGAUGGGAAGCGAGGAGGACGAGGAGGAGAUGAUGAUGAUGAGAGAAGAGGAAAUGAUACAAAUGAAGGAAAGUUUGUCCCCACAGAACUCAGACAUUGAUAACGAGCAAGACAUGCCCAGAUCAUAUGUGAAAUCCUUACAAGACUAUAGUGCCUCGUCACCGCCUAAAUCUGACAGUCCCAGCCCGCAGGGAUCGAUAAGUCCCACGGGGGUCACAAUUAGUCCUCCACGGGUUUCACACAGUAUUGAAGCCAUAACUGCACAAUCAUAAUCAAGUCUGUGCAUUUGUUAUUUUGUCAUCAAUGUUUGUUUUUGUUGUGUAAAAUAUUUAUAGAAAAAAGAUGAUCAAAAGUCCCAGUCAUUGUCAAAUCACUUUACUGAAGAACAAUGGUUGAUUACAAUCAGAGAUGAGUGUUGUGACAAGUAUUGACAAGAAAGAGAGUUGUAUUGAAUGUUCGUGAGAUAUGCAUAUUUAAAUGAUAUUUAUUUGAUUAAUCAUUUAUUCAAUGAUAAAUUUGCCAAAUUCUGUAUUCAGUGUUUUUUUUAUGUUUUGAUGUGUACUGAACAUUGUUUUUACUAUGGUGUAAACAGAUAUAUCUAUCAACCUUAUACAGAGCUUUUCCGUGACUUUUUUAUGUUACUGUUUCUUUUGUCCAAAAUCUGUUUAAACUGAGCUAGUACCUGACUAUGAGGACACCAUUUGUCCUCACUAAGCUCUCACUCUGCCAGUAUGCAUUUACUUCUAAAUAAGAAAAUCAACAAUGUUUCCAAUUAAUUAUCCUUUAAUUAAUUUUGAAUAUUUUUUUUUUUUCUGUUUAUAUUAUUGUUAUGUUUCAAUUCAUUUUCAUUUCUUUUAAGCAUUUUUCUGUCUGUAAUCUUCUAUCAUUUUUAUAUCAUGCUGCCAAUGAUAUAUAUGAUAGUGACAGCUGACCAGUUAAUCAUAAAUUAUUUAAAUAUCAUCAUUAAUUUAUUAUUUUGGGGAGUCACUUUUAAAAUGAGUGAUGAUUUAAUUUUGUAAAUGUGUGAUAUAGCUACACAUUAAUUUUAUGUACAUUUUUUAUGUACUUGGUAUUUUUAAAAUUGAUUUGUUUAACAGUUUUCCUUUUUUGCUGUGCCAUAUCUAACACUUUGAAGUUUGACCAAAUCAACAUUUGGUGUGUCUUAAUCUACGGUUGUGUGUGUUUGAUGUAAACUAUCAGCAUAAGCAAUUUUUAUAUGUAUUCUUCUAAAAUAAGAAUUCAAGUCUAUAUAAAAUGUUUAUUUUCCUUUAUAGCAAUUUUUAAUUAAAACUUGAAAUAAAUAUUUAAUUAUCAAGAUAAAAAAAUAAUCAAAUUUUAAUAUACAUCCAAUUGAAUUAUUUUUGUGCGAAAAAAAUGGAUAACAUUAUUAUUUGUCCAAGAAAAAAACCAAACAUGUAGAAAUUAUUUGCUAUAAAGGAUAAUAGUCAAAAAUUGUAUUUCCGUCCGCUUUACUAGAGUAUUUUUGUUACGUUUGCAUCAACAGCUAAAUCUCCUGGCAAAUUACAAAAAAAUGUACCCACAGAUAACAUAGGAAUCGGCCCUCUGAUAUAGAUAUAUUUGGAACUGAUAUUUCAGACAUUAUUCUUAUUGAAAGGAUUUCUUCUUCAAGAUAUGAAAAGGAUUUUCAAACAUUUAUCUUAUUGGAGAGAUAUUACAGCUUAACAUGAAUGAAGUUAUCAUUUUUUGAAAUAUUUAAUUUCAAAAUGUUGAUGUAUAAGUUAAGAGAAUUUGUAAAUUACAUAUACCCAGUUAGUCAGUGGAGAUUUUAUCUGGUCUGUUCGGGUUAAAGCGUUGGAUAUGCCUUGUUACCGCAGUAUUCCAGUAUCCUCCUAGCUUUAGAAAUGUAUGGAAUAUAUCUUGAUUAAGUUAGACAAUUUUAAAGGAUGUCAGGGUUAUUCUUUGUUAAGGAUUAUGAUAUGAUGUAUAAAAAGUAAUUAAUCAUAUACAUUGUAGUUAUUUAGCAGACCCUGAUAUACAAACUCUAUCAUACUUACCUAAAGUUGGUAUACUUACAAUGCAAUCAAAGAUUUGUAUAAUCUUUCAAAAUACUCAUUUAUAUAAAGUACCAGAUAGGAUUUAGUAAGAGAAAUAAAAGAAAUUAAAUUACAAAGGAUCAUUUGUAGGCAGAUUUCCUGUUUUAAAGUCAAUAGAAUAAGAAUCCAAAGCACUGUGAAGAUUUUUUUCCUGUUUUUUCUUAUUUUGAUAAAAUACAGGUAUAAAGUGUAGGUGUUGUAAUUUGUCAGAGAAUUGGAGCCCUAAUCAGAAGUAUCAGUGAUUUUUGUUACAUACGAUCAAUACAAAAACACAGGUCAUGUUUAGAGUAUCGCAGUAAUACAACCUGGCCAGUGUGUGCCUACCCAGCUAUUCCGCCUCACUUGGGUACAAAGAAAAGCACUUUUAUUCCAAGUGCAUUACGAUGACAAUCUAAAUGGAGAGACAAGAAAGCCGCUAAUUGUUCCGAUACUAUGAACUCGGACAGAUACAUUUGCAAUAACUCAGUAAUAUUUACUCAAAUCCGUGCUUCAUUAAUCAGCAUCACUGUAAAUUGUCGGUCACAAUUCCGCAGAAAACGCUGUUAUUUCAAAAGAGUGAAAUGUAAUCUGGGUCAAAUUUCAGACCACUUUCGGUCCCUGAUGUGUAUAAGAUUCCCAGGUAACUCCCUAAUGUCGCGUAUGAAAUACACUUUUCCAAUAUUGGAAUCGGGAAUUAGUGAAAACCUUUUAUCGGUAAUUGUUUUUAACUAUAGUGACACCAUUAGUGAGUGAAUGGUGGGCUGACAAUCACCGCGAUCCGUACACUUGUACAAACCUCUUUAAUAAUGAUUUACGUCACAUCUCUUAUGACUAUGUUAACAGGUAAAAAUGGAAAUUGAAAAGAAAUUCUGGCUGUGUUUUCUGUUCACCAUGUUAGCUCCUAUUGGUGUUUAAUACGUGAUGAUUGCGUUUUCCGAUACAGAAGCUUUUGUCAGAGUCGGACAAUUGUUUGAUAACAUUCAUUGUGAAAGUUGCCGACUUUUUUACGCAGAAUCAUUUUUUGGAAAAAUUGACCAGUAUGCCAUACAGAGAUUUUGUCAGUUUGUGCAAUUUAGAAUUUUAUUUAUGACAAUACAUCCGGAGAGAAAUGAAAGGGAUAUUAGGUAUGUGUUGUGUUAACAGUACAAUAACAAAUGCCAGCAAAUCACGAACAUUGACACCCAGUGUGAUUAAACGUAAUAAAUCCACUUAGGCCUUCAAACUCCAUCAAAUCAUUCAUUAAUGCACAAAAAAAUCCUGGUAAUUUGACAUUUCCAGAAUUGACUUCAUCACCCCUAAUAUUGGCAUUUGAUCCAUCCAGAUCAAUACAUCGGCUAAACUAUUGUUGUUUUUGAGGGUUUAAAGGUCCUAGUCCAUUCUACACUUACAUAAACAUUUUCAAGUUGAAAUCCUUUUAUUUUGCGUCCCUUCACAUGUUGAACAAUCACAAGAAUCGAUUAUUUUCCAGAUAUCUUUUUAAAACCGUGUUGAUUUUUUUUUUGUUAGAGCACAUUGUUAACUGAUCACAAAAUGUUACAAGCAACUUAAAUUUGUCUCAAUGCCAGCAACUGACUAAAGCAUUUUUACUUGCUUUCUUACACUGAUUUUUUUUAAAAAUUAAAUGAAUUAUGCUUCCUUUAUUUCACUGAAUUUACCAAGUUUCAUUUUAGUGAUUCUCUGGAAAAUUAAAAUGAGGUAUACAUAUAUAACAGGUAUGGUGACACUUAUAUCAGGUUAGUUAUCAUAGAUAUCUGCCUCUUUUAGCCAAUAAAACAAAACAACUUUAUAAACAUUCAAGUGUUCAAAACCCCUUUCAUUUAAAUAAAUCAUCACAUUGUCAAUGCUUUUAUUCUCUUGCAAUAUUAAAUAUUUUGAGACAGAUAUGUAUUUAAAAUGUUCUCCGUCCCAAAGUAACAUGUGAACACUUCUAUUUUAUUGUAUGGAACAGUUCAAUUUGGUUAUUGGGGAUGUACAGUUUAUAUCAAACUGGGACCAGUGACAUGAAAUUCAGGGUAAUCAACCUGCCCACCCACAUAAAGCAUCUUAGACUCUUCUAACGGAAUGAAAGCAGGGUCUAACUUGUAAAUGUAGGGAUGGCAGGAAUGAGAUAAUUUUUGUUACUAUAUUGUAUGAUAGUAAAAUAUUAUACUGAUAGAUAAAAUAAGAUUUACAGCUGUAAUCAAAAUACAAUGUAACUUAGCUGGAGGCCCUUUAGGCCUUUUGUUCCACUAUAAGUAGAUGUACAAAUACAAGUUAUAUUUAACUUAUAGAAAAUGAAGAAAAUACUGAGUAAUAAAAAACAUAAAAUGAA